CGUCACGCGUCGAAGGUUGGGCGGAAGUUGCACCAACAGCAGCCUGUCACCGGAGCUGCUAGCCGCUUGCUGCCCUAAAAGAACAAGUGAAGUUCAUCGAUAAAAGCGUCGCCAAGUGCAACACAAACUAGCCCCUCGUAGGAAUAUGGAUGACGACGUGCUGACGACUCUGAAGCUUUUGAUAAUUGGUGAAAGUGGAGUCGGGAAGUCCAGUCUCCUCCUGAGGUUCACAGAAGACACCUUUGACCCAGACCAGUCAGCGACAAUAGGUGUGGAUUUCAAAGUGAAGACACUCUCAAUAGAUGGGAACAAAGCAAAGCUCGCCAUAUGGGACACAGCCGGACAGGAAAGGUUUCGCACCCUGACUCCCAGCUACUACCGCGGUGCACAGGGAGUCAUACUUGUGUAUGAUGUCACGAAGCGCGAGACAUUUACAAAGCUUGAAAACUGGCUGAAUGAACUGGAAACCUACACGACACGCAAUGAAAUCGUAAAGAUGCUGGUCGGGAACAAAAUUGAUCGGGACGACCCAGAAGUGGACAGAAAUGAGGGACUGAAAUUUGCGAGGAAACACUCUAUGCUUUUUAUUGAGGCCAGUGCAAAGACCAAAGAUGGCGUCCAGUGUGCCUUUGAGGAGCUUGUGGAGAAGAUCCUCCAGACUCCGGGGCUCUGGGAGAGUGAAACCCAGGGUCAGAAGGUCCGUCUGGGGGACCAGGAGCAGGGCAGUGGCAGGGCAUGUGGAGGAUACUGUUCCAUACCCUGAAACUGGACAGAAAGAAAACAAAAAGCACCAACCUGAUAGGAACGACUACGGACCAGAAGCAGAAAUAUGGGAGGGAGAAGAAGGAGGUGGAACUGGAUGAGUACUUUACGAGGAAAAAAAUAGUUGGUCGAAAGGACUUUUUGCUGUUUGCACACUUCCUUUUCACCCAUCAUCUGUCCCUGCUUUCUGUUUAAAACAUGAAUGAAAGGAUCCUGCAAAAAAUAGCCUCUUGCCUGAGGAAGUAUAGCGUUUUAAAUUGACAUAACCAUGCCGAGUGUACGUCACACGAGAACAUGUCUGGUUUGAAUUCAGCUCAUUGGCAGCAGUGAUUCUGUUGUGCAUUAAGGCAUCGGGUUAAUAGCGUAGUGCCUAUUACGCAAACCAAUUUGUAGGGUACAGUACAUAGCUUGUCAGAUUAUACCUGAAAUAAUUCAUUCUAAUCAGUAAAGACAUCCCCCUCCAAAAAAAAACCCAAGUCUUCUUGUGCUUUUGUGAGUUGUAAAUGUCAACGGCAAAGUACAAAAUGUUCUACAAGACAUUUAUUUGCGAGCUUUAUUUCCUAUAUAACGCUUCACUCGGCUUGAGGAUGAUGGUGGAAGAGGCUCGUUGUCACGUGGCGUGUGAGUGAUGUGUCAUUAAGCACCAUGACACUGUGAAUGCUCCCAAACCAGACGUUUCACAAUAAACUGACACCAGAAUUUUGUUCUUUUUCUUAAUCCACUAAUUUUGUUUGAUGUUGAUCUUUAUCAAAGUCUAUGCUUCAGAACAUAUAGAGGCUUUCAAAUUAACUGCUUUCCUUCGCAUGAAAUAUGCAAGAAAAGCAACCGUAUUUGUCUCCUAGGACUUCCUGCUACCUGUCUUUGUCUCUGCAUGUCUGAUCUGGACCAUAACUUCCACAGCUGCAAGUGUAAGGUUUACAGUAUUAAGAGCUCUUGCAAUAAGAUAUUCACUUAUACUCACAGCUAUUUUGUCUGUCGGAUCUGGAAAUGGCGAGCAGUUUAUUUUUCAGUUGGCCUGUAAAGUAGUUUUCUCCUCUUUUUAUUUAGUCGUGUGUGUGUGUGGUGCUGUGGUCCAUUCAACGUCCCAGCGGCUUAUUGAAGGCAUUUCUCACACGUCAUUGUAUGAGACAUUCCUCAGAGCAUUGUUCCUUCAUGUCUUCAGGAUGCAUUUGAUGUAUUGUUUGAAUUCCUUUUCUUGUUUAAAAUCAUGCUGACCUUUUUAUCCCUGUACUUUUCUUUUCCUGUUGCGUUUGCUGCACUUCUAUUUGAAUCCUAUUCAGCAAUAUGUUAAUUUGAUAUUAUCUGCCUUAACAUUGAAUGACAUGUGCUAGAGUUAUGGCCCAGUAACGUUUGUAUCGUUUCAAACUGAAAUAAAUGACAACCUAGA